UCUAAGUUACGUCAUUUCCGGUUUGGGUAACAGUUCUGGGAACGACGGAGAAUAUUUAGUGACGCACUUCCUGUUUGAACUACCCUGGGAACGUGACGGCGGCGGUGAUCGUAGUGGUCUUGAAGCAGUGGGAAAAAUCUCCAUAAAAUCCAGCCAAGAUGAGCUAUAGUAAAGGCAUCGCUAAGGGCCUGGGAGCGGCCAUGGUCGGGUUCGGCAUAAUCAGCGUGAUCCUUGGGGUCGUCUCUGUGGUCGUGGGCGCCAACUCCGCCUUCAACUGCAACUGGUUCGCCAUCGUGUCUGGCAGCAUUGUGAUUGUUGCUGGAAUUCUUGGAUUCGUAAGUGGCAAGAUGACUGACAGCAAGGGCAGCAUGAUCCCAGCAUCCCUGUAUGCUAAUGCCUUCAGUAUCCUCCUGAACCUGACAACUGUCCUGGUCAUCACCCCUGGAUACAUCACCGGAGAUGAUUUUCCACUUAAGGGUAAGACCUGGGCCGUGUGGAUCCCCUCCUGCAUUUUUGCCUUCUUUGAGAUGGUGACUGCCGUGUGCUGCUGUAUCCUGUGUCUGGAGUCCAUGGUGGGAUACUUCACAAAGCGCGAGCCUGGACCAGUGCUGUACAAGGAUGAACAGGCCACCAUGCUGCCAGCAAGCAAGACUCGUGUCUAAGUCAGUCAAGUGGACAAGAAGCUGUCCAGGUUGAGGAAGAAGGAGACAAGACAAAGUGACAAGGCCAAGAUGACAAGAUAACAGCUUCAAGACCCACCACAUCCCCUAAAGACAUCUUAGUUUAGCAUCAAUCACUUAAUGAUACAAGUCAUCACUAUAUAUUUGGCUGUUAUGGAGAAUAGGUAACACGUGUUGAAUAAAGUAUCAAAUUUGUGAUGUAAAAAGUUGAUAUUUCACUUAACCUUUCAUUAGAAUUUUUGAGGCUUGUAUAUACAAAAUGUUUGAGAUUACUGAUUUGUAGAGCUUCAUUCUAGAACUGUUCAGGAUUCUGAAAUAUGACUCCCCCCAUCAUUUAGAUACAUCUGUACUAGUGUACGCAAGUUUUUGGUGAUCCUGUAUUACGUAUGUUUGAAACCUGUCUGUAAGUUGUUUUUAGAUCAGAUUCUUGAUGGUGUAGACCAUAUUUCGUAGCCUUUAAAAUGGGAUUUUGGUGUUCUUUAUCUAAAUGUAGAACCGAGUGCAAAAGCAGUGCAUGCAUAUGGUGUAGGGACUUCAUGUAUUUAUCAGUCUAGAAAGUUUGGUGUGCAAAGUUUGGAGGGAUAUGUAUUAGCAUUAGCAAUUUCUUGUAUCUCACUAAAAGGGUUAUACAAUAUGGUAACCCGCUUACACUUUCUCAACGAUCAUAGCACACAGUUUUACACUAUACUGGAAUAUGGACAUUUUGUAAAUGCCCCAAACAAUUUUUUCCUUUGUUAUGUAAUGUCAUGAUAUUUUUAACACUUGUUUUUUAACAAUGAUUGAGUGACUUUCCUUUGUAAAAUUUUGCCAACAAAUACUAGUAUUAUUAGGGUAUUAUGUUGAUUUAAAAGUAGAUGUUGUAGUGUAAGUGUUCAUUGUUUCAGCCAAUGUCUUUGCAACAGUUUAUAUGUGUAACAACUUGUAUAAGCUUAAGCAGAGGUUGAUGUCAAAAGGCACGUUUUCAGCACAUGAUGAAGAUUUAAUGUGCAUGAAGAGUUAACAAUGGUUGUUCAAUCUAUAGUUGAAGCAAUAAAGGAUUAAGAUCGAG